GAAAAAACGUCCGCUCUCUUGUCCGAGGCUUUGCGGAGGAGGAGGCAGUCAGUUGGACGACAAAUCCGACGAAAACUGCAAGAUCGAAUCAUUCGGCGAGGCUCCAGAUCUGUCAGCACCGCAACAGAGCAGAUCUGCCCAUGACGAGCUUCGUGCGUCUGAAUGUUGGUGGCCGUGAGUUCAGUGUGGCGAUAUCGACGUUGUCACGCCACCCCGACACGCUGCUGGGUCAGCUGGUGACCAACGAGUCGGCGGCCGAGUAUCAGCUCAUCCAGCGAGGCCAGCCCGUCUUCAUCGACGCCGACCCCUCUCUCUUCCCCUAUGUCAUCGACUACUACCGACACGGCACGCCACUCUUCAUCGAUGGCAAUACCGACACGCGCAGGCUGAUGCGCGAGAUGCGGUACUUCGGCCUUGAUGACAUCAGCGACAGCGAGAGCGACGUACAGCGCCCUCCGCCAUCGGAGAAGCAACGAGCGUCGCGGAUGGACGAGGUGAUGCGGCGGGUGGCCGUCAAAAUGGCGCGCACGUUGCUGCUCUGGGUGGACUUGCCUCCAGCUGGAAGCAAGUACACCAACACAGAAAUUUCAGGUCUCAAAUCACUGCUCGACAGCAUCUGUGAUUGGGUGGGCCCUGAGGCGGCGGAGAUCAAACGCUUCUCAAGUAGUGGAGACAAGAUUCUCAUGCUGCUUGGCGAGGUCCGGAACGAGAUGCAGAUCUUGUUGCAGGAGAGUGGCCCAUUCUUUUGCCGUCUGGAGCGGGCCCAGAGGGGGGGUUCGACGAACGUCGCCAUCACGAUCAACAGGGUAUGCACGAUGGAGCGUAUGUAUGGAUGAAUGGGUGAAUGGGUUAUUUUCUGUGUGGUGUGCUUUUCAGAUUUGAUGUGCUGCCUGCCUGCCUGGACUCAUAGCUAGCUGUCUGUCUGUCUGUCUACCGUGUUGAAUCACUCAGUCUUUUUGGCAUAUUCGGGAGGACGCAAUGCACGUACACUCACAUACGUAUACAUAUGACAUGACUCAUACCUGCCCAUGUCUGUGUCUGUGUCUGUUUGCUCAAUGACUGUGUCUCACUCAUCUUCACUGCUGUGACUCUCACACACUGACUGAUUCACUGUCCAUCCACCCGUCC